AUGUACAAGCUUCUCACUGCUUCUCUUCUGGCCACUGCUGCCCUCGCGGCAGGCCACAACGGCCUCCUUGCCCGUCAGGUUUCCAGCUGUGAAUCCCACACCGGCUUCAAGACCUGCAAGUCUGCCUGCAUUCCCGUCAGCUACAGCUGCUGCCCUAUUGGCGAGGGCGGCUGCGAGCCAGGCACCUACUGCACCGACGAUGGCUGCUGCCCCAUCGGGGAGAUCUGCUCUGGACCUGGUGGAACCUUGACUGGAACCUUGACCGACACCAUCACCAACACCUUGACAAACACUAUUACCAACACUCUGACAAACACCCACACCGAGACCGCGACCGCGACGCCUACGUCCACUGAUGAGACCACGUCCACCUCUACCUCUACCCCCUCCUCUACUACUCCUUCAACCUCGACCUCUCGCCCUGUCAUCCCAACUCAGCCCUCCCUCACCUCUCCCAGCUCUACUCCAAGCGGCACCCCUUCGCCCUCUGGCCCCGGAGGUGAGGGCUCCUCUACCGCCAGCCCUUCCUUGCCUCUGUUCACCGGCGGCGCGUCGCACCUGAACGCCGGCCUCGGUGCUGUGGCCGGUCUGAUUGCGGGAGCUGCUCUCCUGUAA